GCGGUAUAUCAGCUCUUAUGCAUGGCGUGAACGCUCGAGCGAGAGUCUGCGACUCGAUUCGGGUUUUCGCAGAGGUCUUCAUCCUGCACUCGAGGAUUCCUGCGAGUUCUGUCUUCGCUAGUACUGACACUGAUACUGGUACUGGUACUGGUGGAGAGUGCACGACAGAGGAAGGUCACAUGACACCGUCGUGGGCUCCGGGCGCACACUUCACGCUACUAGAGAGAGGCUGCCGCACUGAGGGGAGCUGAUAAUACGUCGUGUAGGUUCUCUCAAUCUGAUGUCCUAGCCGGAGGGUUGUCAAACGCGGAUCAGCGCCAGCUCGCCAGCUUGCAGCAACUCUUCAAGUACUCCCGUGAGUGGGAUAUCACGCUCACGAAUACGAAUCAUGAGGGCCUGGUUGACCCUACCUCUUGCGAGCCCAGUGUCAGCCAUGGAAGGAGAAACAGAGCUGCGCCGGUGCAGGAUCGGUUGUGUUGUGUCAUACAAGGAUGACGGUGCCGGCGAGGUAGCGCCGGUCGUUGGAGGGAUAUAAUACGCGCAUCCGGGCUUGGUUCAUAUGUCAUUCGAACUCGUCCCGUUCCUCCAGGUAUUUGCCAUCGCCGGCGCUGCUUUCCUCUCCGGUGCGCUCCUCUUCUAUAGCCACUCUCUCGAAUCCCACUCACUUCUUCCCAGGUGGGAAGACUUCUACGACCGAGGCAAGCUCAGUGCGCCCUUUAUCGGGCUCUUCUUCUCCCUCCUCUUCGUGUACAUAUCCUAUUCCCUCGGCGGGCCUUUCACUAGCUCUCUAGCGGCGCUCUACGCCCUCGCUGGAGCAGCGACAGUAGGCAUCAUCCCCUGGACACUGGGAACGAUGCUCCCGAUGAACACGAGGCUGCAGGCAUAUGCGGCGAUGAAGGAGUCGGAGGUGCAGGGGGAGAAGGCGGAGAAGAGCGCGCAGCAGGAAGUGAGGAGGUUGUUCGCUGCUUGGACAAUGAAUUCUAUUCGGGCGAUGUGGCCUGCUCAGGGCGCGGCCUUGGCAGAGUGGGCGCUCUUGGGUUGGUGA